AUGUCUCCACUGUGAUUUCGAGGAUCGGAGAAAGCAAAAACUUGAAGAUCAUUUACUCACUGUGCACAAGGACAGGGUCUGGGUCUAUGACGAUACAACACUUAGUAAAGGACAGGAAGUUUUGAGUGACCUGACUGAACCAUUCCCACCUCUACAGCCCGCCGGUCAACCUGUAGAAAUUACUAAUAAUCUUUUCCUUUAUAAAUGUUCAGUUUGUAAGAUGAAGAAGCGUCGGGAAGCUGAUAUUGUCAAGCAUAUAAAGGAACAGCACGAUUCUAAAGGGCUUGUUAAAAAGAUUGCUUUGAAACCUCGAGAACCUGGAAACUACGAGUAUAAAUGUGAAGUUUGUGAAGAUACAUUUUCCAAACCAUCUUUAUUAAAUAAGCACAGGUUUCGCGUACAUAACCUCGGUCUGAGUACAGAAUAUUCCUGUAUAUUCUGCAGCAUAAAAUGUGCAAGUAAACCUGGUUUGAGAGCUCACGAGAGGACUCACAUGACAAAACAAUUUUCUUGUGUCUUGUGCAGUAAAUCCUUUGUUCAUGAAAACCUCCUUCGUGAUCAUGUGGAGAAGGGAGUAUGUAAGCUGCAGAACAGAACUUGUGAUGUCUGCUCCAAAACUUUUUGCGAUAAAGUAAGAAAAUAUCAGCACAUGAAAAUUCAUAACAAAGUCCGUGCCUUUAGCUGUCAAAAAUGCGGGAAAAGUUUUGUACAAAAACGGAGUUUAAAAGAGCAUCUUCUAACCCACGAAAAGACCCGGAGAUAUGCUUGUAAACUGUGUGAAAAACGAUUUGUUCAACCCAAUCAUUUGAAGUAUCACGUGACAAGCCAACAUCCCUCAGCGUUUCCUGAAUUUGCGAAACAUGUCUGUAACUUUUGUUCAAAAGCAUUUGCAUUUCUUCAUCAGUUGAAGCGACACACGAAAAUCCACUGCGUGAACAACACGAAGGGUAGUUCUGGUGAGUCGUCUCUACAGUGCGAGAUCUGUUCAAACUGGUUUUCUACUCCGGUCCUUCUCCAGAACCACCUAGAACAAUGUUUUGAUAUUGAUGAAGAAGUUCAGGACGAGAUGAGAUUAAUCCCUGAUGAUGAGAUGAUCGAGGACGAGCAGGAAAGCGUAACUGAGGACGGAUUAAAGAGUAUGGUUGAGGAAGAACAAGAAGAAAUAAUCUGUCGUUUAUAGGCUGUGAAAGAGAACGAGGACGAAUAAGUAAUAUAUAUAUAUAUAUAUAUAUAUAUAUGUAUGUAACUUAACAUAGUUAUAAAUGGUUAUAAUGAUAUCUCACACAUUCUGUAUUUCAGA